UAUUUUGGUUCAGCUGGCUCAUUUUUCUCUAUUUAGAGCUCGACGCAUUUUGCGAUGCGCGACCUCUGCGUUUGAGAGUAUCUCACCACUACUGUGAGCUUUCAAGAUGGUUGACAGUCUCGUCAACACCCGGGCGAAUGCCAAGCGGAUUGCAAACAUUGAGAAUUGCUUUGGGAGCUCCGGCCAGCCACUGGCUGCCCAUGGCCGCGUACUUGUGGGAGAGGGUGUCCUCACGAAAAUGUGCCGGAAGAAGCAGAAACCGAGGCAGUUCUUUCUCUUCAACGACAUACUCGUGUACGGCAACAUUUUGAUCAACAAAAAGAAGUACAACAAGCAGCACAUCAUUCCAUUAGAAGAAGUAAAGCUGGACAACCUAGGGGAUGAUGGAACUGGGCUAAAGAAUGGCUGGCUCAUCAGGACCCCGACAAAGUCCUUCGCCGUCUAUGCAGCAACUGCGACAGAGAAGACUGAGUGGAUGGCACACAUCAACAAAUGCGUUGAAGACACUAUAAGGAAAACCGGGAAGUAUCCUACCAAGGAGCAUGCUGCCGUGUGGGUUCCCGAUGCCGAGGCCGGCUACUGUAUGCACUGCCGAAAGACCCAGUUCACCAUGCUCAACCGUCGGCACCACUGCCGCAAGUGUGGUACGGUGGUCUGUGGCCCGUGCUCCAACCGCAAGUUCCUGCUGCCGGCACAGUCCAGCAAGCCUCUGCGAGUGUGCCUCACCUGCUACGACGCUUUGUCGAGGGCGUCCAUCUUGGAGUCGACCACGGGUGGCAUGGCGAGAGUUCAACAAAAGGUGGACAAGCCAGUCACUGGGGCGGAUUCUUCCGGGGACGAUGAUUCGGACUACGACGACGAUGACAACAGACAGUCGACAGACAAUGGGCUGUCCAAGGAUAUGGAUGGCCUGACAUUCGACGAGAAGCCUACAUUCUACGGAGACAUGAUGGAAGCCAAGAGCCCAGAAGUGGAACUCGCCGAAGAAGCCAAAGCAGUGACGGUGUCACCCGAGCCGGAAGAGUCAAACAGCUUGCAAGACACAUCGCCCACUUACGAGAACACAAAGAGGGAAGCCCCCGCAGUGGACCCCAUGGCUGGGGGAGAACCCCACCCUGACGGACACUGAGGGCACCCAUUCGCCGUUCGAAUGCCGCAAUCCCGCCUGCUCUGGGACAUACUUGUCGUCCGAAGGUGCUUUCUCCACUGUUGGGAUCACUCGUGCACUUGUUGCCGUGGUGCUGGCUUCCUGCGUUUGUACGGCUGCCUUUAUCUGAUAUGGGCCAUCCAGGGUUUGGAAUUAUUCUUUCUUGGUUCCCCAAAAUAUCUGCAAAGUCGCACUGUGAAACUGCCCCAUUGCAUGAAAGCGCAGUGUUGCUUCCGUGCAAUACAAUGCUGAUCUUUGAAGCUGCAUCCCUUGCGAACUAGAUAGGCGACUCUUCUAGUACAUCAGAUGCUGCGUCGUUCAUCUCCAGUCAUGAUUCUUCGUUUUCUCGGGUGCUUCUGGUUUGAUUUACAAUGUGGCUCUUCCAUCUUAUGAUUUUGAGUAAUAUAAGGGAGACACAUCUGCGAGUAUUGUUGCAUGCUAUUAUUUUCACGAAAUGAAAUGCAAGAGGGAUACUCCCAUGUGUGCAGUUGUUUGAGAGUGCCAUGGUGUGUUGAUAUGAACGUGAUGAUGAACUUCGUGGUCUGAGUGUGCGAGCCAAAAUUAUGUAGACAGUGGAAACGAAAGGAUGCGUGCUAUCCAUAAAUUGAUGCAUUUCAUUGUGAUUCAUGUGGUACGUCUUGAACAUCCAAGCUAUGCCGUAUGAACUGAAGGCAUACUCUGCUUUAUAAAGCUCUUCAUAGCUUGUUGCAUUCUCCAAAUGUCUAUAAGAUGGGACCACUUGGCAGUGUGGCUAUACACGGUAGUUUCAUGCGUUACACGAAUUCACGGCCACGAGAGCUUGUUCUAAAAACAAUUGGAAGCCAAUAUGGCGAGAAAUUGGCAUGGCAUGGUGCAAUAGAAGUGGUAUGGCACCACCUGUUCCUAGCAUAACUAAAGCAGUAUUAGCAUUCUUUAGCAUAGUGUGAAUGUGUGUACUGGAAGACACAUUUGAGACUGGUAAUGACGUCCUUUGACGUUGAAAUCAAUAUACGAUACAAUAACGUGCCCAUGCAUGCCACAGCCCCUUCCUUUAAUAAUAGAAAGGUGUGGGAAUAUCUUAGCAAUUACUAUCUUGCCAUCCAUGUCUAAGCUGCAAUAAGAGUUCUGGGCUGUUAUUUUGUAGCAAUGCCUUUUCGUGCUUUUUGUCCCUAGCCAGCCGUCAGAGAGAUGAUCUGCUCACAUUAUCGAUGGGAUCAGGUGAUUGUGAGCGAUGAAUGAUAAUACUGGCAUAGAAUUGUGUAUAACAUAUCGCUACAAAAUACUGUCCUCGCACACUUUUAGCGUGGCGUCACGGGAUGUUGCUGCUCGUUCUAAUUUUCGCAUCCACGUCUUCCAGUAUUUCGGUGCAGGUUCUACACUGUGGGAAUGAAAACACUCUCGUCGUAGUGCUCGUUCAGUUGCAAAGGCUUUGCAAAGCUCGUUCGGCUGCUGACGGUGAGCGUAAUGUACUUCAUAUGAGAUAGACAGCAUGCUGUCAUGCUGCGCACAACUUCGCACCAAAACUCGUUUGCUGCCAACUACAAUACUAAGUGCCUGCUGUUAAAGCAGAGCUUCAUCCUGACGUGAUUAGGAUGGAGGCAACUUUGGUAGCUGCCCACUGUUAAACAGGCUGCAUGCGUGAAGAGAUGUGCUUUUGAUGUGCCUGUAGCAGCACCCUUUUCCACCGGUAGUUCAAAAAGUGCAGCUUUUACUAAGUUGAGAUUCGAACAUCCACUUCUAUCGUCAGAGUAACAUCAUUCUCUUGUUUUGUUCUUUCGUGCAUAUGCAUUUCUUUGUCAAAUUAAGCUUUGUGUUAGUGAAUAGAUGCAACGCUCGUGUUGCUUGUACAGGGCCGCAUUUUUUAAAUUUGCAAAUGUACGAGAGUGUCCUCGCAAGGCUUUCCUGUUGUGCUUAGAUGAGGUGUUAGCGCUUGUUUAUGUCAAUUCAGGCUCGGGUGUCACAGGAAUGUUCAGGCCGUAGAUGUGUGCCAGCGAUACGCUUUUACUAAGAACUGCAUCGUGUGGAGUGAAGGCCUGGGAGAAGUCAAUUGCAUGGGGUUUGCACUUUCACUCUUCU